CCCUAAAGCAGUCUGGUGCCACAUUGCGUAGGACUUACUGUAACACACACUACAUGGGGCUGCCUUUGAAAAGCGCUCAGAAACUUCAACUGCCUGGAAGAGCUACAGACACAGCUGACCAGGGCUGGCUAUAGGCAGCAUAAAGGUAAAGGUACCCCUGAACAUUAGGUAGAGUGGUGGAUGACUCUGGGGUUGUGGCGCUCAUCUCGCUCUAUAGGCUGAGGGAGCCGUCGUUUGUCCGCAUACAUCUUCUGUGUCAUGUGGCCAGCAUGACUAAGUCUUUCUGGCAAAACCAGAGCAGCACCCAGAAACGCCAUUUACCUUCCUGCUGGAGCUGGGACCAGACAUUGGGAGCUCACCCCAUCAGGGGAUUCGAACUGCCAACCUUCUGAUCGGCAAGCCCUAGACCAGGCAUCCCCAAACUUGGCCCUCCAGACUAAAAUUCCCAUCAUCCCUGACCACUGGUCCUGUUGGCUAGGGAUGAUGGGAGUUGUAGUCCCAAAACAUCUGGAGGGCUGAGUUUGGGAUGCCUGCCCUAGACUCUGUGGUUUAGACCACAGCACCACCCGCGACCCUAAAAAGGUUAUGCAUCUAUUUGUGGGGUAUGUCAUAGAAUCAAAGAAUUGUCAAGCUGGAAGGGUUAUUUAGCUCAACUUCCAUUAAUCGUAAAGGUAGUAACCCAUCCAAUUUGAAACCACACCAGAUCCUGCUUAGCUUCGCAAGCAUGCCAGCAGUUUUAUUGCUACACCACUAGGAGUUGCUAUAGUAAUAAAAUGUUGUGUUUUUCUGGUCCUCACUCAAACAUGGUGUGUGUGUGUUUGUGUGUGUGUGUGUGUGUGUGUGCGUGUGCGUGCGUGCAUCCUUCUCCUUGUGCUUUUGGUUAUUUUGGGGGAGGGGGAGGGGGAGGAGUAUGAAGUCCAGAAUCCUUCCCCUCCUCUGCUGAACGGAGGCAGGAGAGAGGCAGCAGAGGACAAAGCAGGAAAAGACAGACCCUCCAAGUGUCACUAUCUUCUAGGGAUGUCCCUGAUUUAGAGAAUCCAUCUGGUUUCUGAUUUGAUCCCAGAAUGUCCCGGUUCUCCUUAGGAUGUCCCUAUUUUCAUUGAAGAAAUGUUGGAGGAUAUGGAGUUAUCCCACCCCUGGGCCCUCUGAAGGCAAUCCUGUAUAGGAAAGAUUUUUAAUGUUUUAUUAUGUUUUUUUAUAUAUGUUGGAAGCUGCCCAGAGUGGCUGGGGCAACAUAAUAAGAUGUGUGGUGUAUAAAUAGUAAAAUUAUCUUUAUGGGACAGAGAGUGGCAUCGUCCCAGCUUCCUGAAAUUUCCGGAAUUUUUAAGGAUGAGGAUUUAGAAACCAGUGACUGCACACCUGAUCACAAGGAGACUUAUUAGUAGAACAUUAUGGAUAGUGUAUAAAAUGCCAGAUAUAUUUCAAUGAAGCAGCUUUCUAAACAAAACCCACUGAUUGGAAAAGACACAGUAGGGUAUAGAAAAGUGAACGGUUGUUUGUUUUGCUUUCAAAAGAUUUUUUUUAAACCAUUGGAGUACUGUGUACACAAUUUCAGGGUAACAUUACACUUUAUUUCCACUUUUUCACAUGAGGCUCUAACUCACAACCCUGAUCAUUAAGCAUCUCACGCUCUACCUACUGAGCUACUACAGGCUUAGCUAUUUGUGUACAGGGGAUACAGAUUGUGGCCUUUGAAGACCCCUAGAGAAGGUUGCCAAAAGCUUGUUCCCUGCUUCUCCAGAGGUAGGAAUGGAACAGAUCUUAUAAGCUUAAUCAAUUUGCCCCGACAGUUAAGAGCAGAACCUCCAGGAUCAGAAGCAGCGGGCUGCAAAUACCAGGGCAGGGGAAGCAGCAGGGCAGUCUCGCCGCCUGCACGAUGCAUUCGCCUUGCAAGGGGGCGGGGCGCAUCCAGACAUGCAGCCUCCUAUGGCCCAACCCACAGCCAGCGAGCUCCGAUGCUCAGAGAGACAGGAAACGGGACCAUCCAGGGGGACUCGAGAGCGGCUGCACUUUCCUGUCCCCCCGCCGAGGAGAGCGGAGGAGCAGCGGGCAGUGGCCUGGCGAGUUUCCACGAGAGGAGGCGGAUUCCGGUGCAGGGACGGAGCGAGGAGUCAGAGCAGGGUGGGGUAAAUUGGACGAGCAGGGACCGAGGAGACUCAUUUGAAGGGAGAGCCUGGAAUCCAAAGGAAAAAGAUCUCCUGCAGGCCAAGUUGAGACAUUCAUGGAUCUUCUGCCUCCGUCAGAUUUAUGUCAAAUUAAGCAGGAGCCAGAGGAGGGGCAGCCACAGCAGCACUGGGAUGCCCAGUGUCAAGAUUUCCGGAAGACGAUGCACCCCCCUUCUUCAAGGGGGGAAACCCCACAGGCUCCCAGUCCUCCCCACUCCAGGGAUGGUGUCCUCCUGGCCUCCUUCAGGGGAGCUGCAGAUGACAGCCGGUGGCCCAGCGGGAGAGCAGGGGGGACAGACCAGACCCUGCUCCCAGACACUGAGGGGCUUCUAGGAAAGGAAUCGUGGCCUGUGGAUGAUGUGGUUAUCAAGUCCCCAAAGCCCGAGCAGGAUCCCUUGGACACAGAGAACAUUCAUCUCUCUGCAAAGGCUGAGGGAGAGAGUGAAGAAGAGGCCAGCUUUCUGGGUGAGGAAGAUGACAAUCAGAAUUCUAUGGAACCAUCUGUAAAUUCAUUAGGAAGAACAAAGAAACAAUUUAAAUGCAUGGGAUUAGGGAUGUGCUUUAGUCUCAAUGGAAGACUGCGGAUACAUGAACGAACUCACACAGGGGAGAAACCAUUUAAAUGUAUUGAAUGUGGAAAGAGCUUCAGUGGAAGUGGAGCAUGUAGAAUACACCAACGAACUCACACAGGGGAGAAACCAUUUAAAUGUAUUGAAUGUGGAAUGAGCUUUAAUGAAAGUGGAAAUUUUAGGAGACAUCAACGAACUCACACGGGGGAUAAACGAUUUGAAUGUAUUGAAUGUGGAAAGAGCUUCAGUAGAAACGAAACCCUUAGAAUACAUCAACGAGUUCACACGGGGGAGAAACCAUUUAAAUGCAUUGAAUGUGGAAAUAGCUUCAGUAGUAGUGGAAAACUUAGAAUACACCAACAAACUCACACGGGGGAGAAACCAUUUGAAUGUAUGGAAUGCAGUAAGAGUUUCAGUAGAAGUGGAACACUUAGAAGACAUCAGCGAACUCACACAGGGGAUAAACCAUUUAAAUGCAUUGAAUGUGGAAUCAGCUUCAGUCAAAACGGAAACCUUAGAAGACACCAACAAACUCACACAGGGGAGAAACCGCUUAAAUGUAUUGAAAGUGGAAACAGCUUUAGUAAAAGUGAAACACUUAGAAUACAUCAACAAACUCACAUGGGGGAGAAACCGUUUAAAUGUAUUGAAUGUGGAAAGAGCUUCAGUAGAAGUGGAGGACUUAGAAUGCAUCAACGAAAUCACACAGGGGAGAAACCAUUUGAAUGUAUUGAAUGUGGAAAGACCUUCAGUCACAGUGGAGCGCUUAGAAUACAUCAACGAACGCAUACGGGGGACAACCCAUUUGAAUGUAUUGAAUGUGGAAAUAGAUACAGUAGUACUGGAAAACUUAGAAAACACCAACGAACUCACACGGGGAAUAAACUAUUUGAAUGUAUUGAAUGUGGAAAGAGCUUCAGUGGAAGUGGAGCACUUAGAAUACACCAACGAACUCACACAGGGGAAAAACCAUUUAAAUGUAUUGAAUGUGGAAAGAGCUUCAGUCAAAAUGGACACCUUAGAAUACAUCAGCGAACUCACAGAGGGGAGAAACCAAUUCAAUGUAUUGAGUGUGGAAAGACCUACAGUCAAAAUGGAGCACUUAGAAUACACCAACGAACUCACACAGAGGAGAAACCGUUUAGGUGUAUUGAAUGUGGAAAGAGCUUCAGUAAAAGUGAAACACUUAGAAUACACCAACAAACUCACACGGGGGAGAAACCAUUUAAAUGUAUUGAAUGUGGAAAUAGAUUCAAUAGAAGUGAAACACUUAGAAGACAUCAACGAACUCACACAGGUGAGAAACCAUUUGAAUGUAUUGAAUGUGGAAAGAGCUUCAGUUACAGUGGAGACCUUAGAAAACAUCAGCGAACUCACACAGGGGAGAAACCAUUUAAAUGUAUUGAGUGUGGAAAGAGCUUCAGUGAAAGUGGAGCUCUUAGAAAACAUCAACGAACUCACACGGGGGAGAAACCAUUUAAAUGUAUUGAAUGUGGAAAGAGCUACAGUCAAAAUGGAGCACUUAGAAUACAUCAACGAACUCACACAGGGGAGAAACCAUUUAAAUGCAUUGAAUGUGGAAAGAGCUACAGUCAAAAUGGAGCACUUAGAAAACACCAACGAACUCACAUGGGGGAGAAACCGUUUAAGUGUAUUGAAUGUGGAAAGAGCUUCAGUAAAAGUGAAACACUUAGAAUACACCAACAAACUCACAAGGGGGAGAAACCAUUUAAAUGCAUUGAAUGUGGAAAUAGCUUCAGUAGAAGUGGAACACUUAGAAGACAUCAACGAACUCACACAGGGGAGAAACCAUUUGAAUGUAUUGAAUGUGGAAAGAGCUUCAGUUACAGUGGAGACCUUAGAAGACAUCAGCGAACUCACACAGGGGAGAAACCAUUUAAAUGUAUUGAAUGUGGAAAGAGCUUCAGUGAAAGUGGAACACUUAGAAGACAUCAACAAACUCACACGAGGUAUAAACCAUUUAAAUGUAUUUAAUGUGGAAAUCGAUUCCGUGAAAGUGGAGCACUUAGAAUACAUCAACGAACUCACACAGGGGAGAAACCAUUUAAAUGCAUUGAAUGUGGAAAUAACUUCAGUCAAAGUGAAACACUUAGAAUACACCAACAAACUCACAAGGGGGAGAAACAAUUUAAAUGUAUUGAAUGUGGAAAAAGUUUCAGCAGGAACGAAAACCUUAGAAUACAUCAACAAACUCACACAGGGGAUAAACCAUUUAAAUUUAUUGAAUGUGGGAAGAGUUUCAGUCAAAGUGGAGCACGUAGGAGACAUUAACAAACUCACACCGGGGAGAAACCAUUUAGAUUUAUUGAAUGUGGAAAAAGCUUCAGUGGAAGUGGAGCACUUAGAAUACAUGAAUUAACAGAAGAAAUCCAGAUACAAUGGGGAACUAAACAGAGCUGUCCUCUCUCCCCCUUUUAUUUUUUUUAUGUCUAGAAUUUUUGUUUAAAAAUUUGAGGGAGGAGGGAAUGAUCAAAGGAAUCACAGUUGGAAAAGAUGUCCAUAAAUAAAAGGCAUUUGCCAAUGACGUUAUACUUACAUUGGAAGAGCCAGGAAAAGCAUACCUCAGGCAUUGAAGAAAAUUAGAGAAUUUGGAGAAAAAGCAGGGUUUAAUGUAAAUAAAGAUAAAACGAACAUAAUAGUAAAAAAAUUAAGAAAAGAGUUAAAUUACAAGAAAAAGUAGGCCUGAAAGUAGUAAAUAAGGCUAAAUAUUUGGGGAUUUGGAUUUCUAAUAAUACUAAGGAUUUGGUGAAAGAUAAUUAUAUAAAAAUCUGGAAUAGUGUGAAAAAAGAUUUAGAAAUAUGGAAAGGAUUAAAUCUAUCACUCCUAGGUAGAAUAGCAACUAUUAAAAUUAACAUUUUACCCAGAAUGUUGUUUAUGUUUCAAAUGUUGCCAAUCCUGGGGAUGGGAAACAAAAUCUUCAAACAAUGGAAUAAGGAUUUAAUAAAAAUCAUUUGGAAUAAUAAACCAGCCAGAAUAAAAUUUAAAUUGUUAACUGACAUAAAGGAGAGAGGUGGACUGGGGCUUCCAAAUUUAAAUAUAUACCAUGAUGCCGCUUGUUUUCUUUGGAUAAAAGAAUGGGUCACCCUGGAGAAUCACGAAUUAUUAGAUUUAGAAGGAUUUGAAAAUACGUUUGGUUGGCAUUCCUACUUGGUAGACGGAAAAAUAAAGGUACAUAAAGGGUUCAAUAGUCACAUUAUAAAAAAAUCAUUGAUAAAAGUGUGGGGAAAACAUAAACGUCUGUUGGAACCCAAGACCCCAAAAUGGCUGUCACCAGUAGAGAUAAUAACAGUGAAAAGAUUAAACACUAAAGGAUACUGGACAAAAUAUAAAGAAUUAAUAGAAGAAGAAGAAGAAGAAGAAGAAGAAGAAGAAGAAGAAGAAGAAGAAGAAGAAGAAGAAGAAGAAGAAGAAGAAGAAGAAGGAAAAUUUAAAUUAAAAAACUAUGACGAUAUUAAACAAUAUCUAACAGGGUGGCUCCAAUACUAUCAAAUAUAUAGCAGAUUCCAGGAGGACAACAAGAAAAAAGGGUUUAUAACGGAACAAUCUCUAUUGGAACUCCUACAGAGUGAACAGAAAACCUUUUCAAAAAUGUACAACACUUUUUGGAGUGGGAUGUUAAAGAUGAAACUGUUAAGGAGACAAUGACGAAAUGGGCAAUGGAGUUAGGGAAACGAAUAGAGAUGGAUAGAUGGGAAAGACUCUGGAAAGUAAUGUGGAAAUUUCCGGCGUCAGAAGGAAUUAGAGAAAAAUUAAUUAAAAUGUUUUAUAAAUGGUAUCUGACGCCAGUAAAAAUUCAUAAAAUGUAUAAAACUAAAGAUAAUUGUUGGAGGUGUCAAAAGGAAAUGGGAGCAUUCCUACAUAUAUGGUGGAAUUGCGCAAUGAUAAAGCCGUUUUGGAUCGGGAUAUUAGAAGAAUUAAAGAAAAUAUUUAAAUAUAAUACAAAAAAACUCCAGAGUCUUUCCUAUUAGGAAUGAUUGAUGAAGAGCUAGAUAAAAAAGAUGAAAAGGUAUUUUUGUAUUUGGUGGCGGCAGCAAGAAUUUUAAUUGCUAAAUUAUGGAAAAAACAGGAAGUUCCUACCGUCAGAGACUGGCAAGAGAAGGUAAUUAGCUAUAUUGAUCUGGACAAAUUGACAAAUUCGAUCAGGGGUGGUUCAAAUAAAAAAAAUGAUAAUGAUAAUAAUUGGGGAAAAUUUGGAAUAUAUUUGAAAGGACUUUGUUUUAAAGCAAAUAUUCUGUAGAAUUCCCAUGAUGAAAUUGAAGGGAAGCAGUAUGAAAGUAAAUAAAUUUGUAGCCUGGGAUAAAGAUAAGGGGAAGUCGAUGUGUAAUGGACGAUGUAAAGUACUGGAUUAUUGGAAUGAAGAUGUAUAAGUAAAGCAGAUCGAAGUAAGGUAUAAAGUAGGGUAGGUUUUAGUUGAAUUUGUAUUUGUUUGUGUAUAUAUUUUGUUUGCAUUCUAUAUUGAUGUUUUGUUUUAAAUUUGUUUUUUAAGUUUAAUAAAGGUAUUUUUUAAAAAGAAUAAAAUACAUAAAUGAACUCACACAGGGGAGAAACCAUUUAAAUGUAUUGAAUGUGGAAAAAGCUUCAGUGGAAGUGGAGAACUAAGAAGACAUCAAAAAACUCACAAGGGGCAUAAACCAUUUAAAUGUAUUUAAUGUGGAAAUAGCUUCCGUGAAAGCACUUAGAUUACACUUAGAUUACAUCAACAAACUCACACAAGGGAGAAAGCAUUUAAAUGCAUUGAAUGUGGAAAUAACUUCAGUAAAAGUGGAGUACUUAGAAGACAUCAACAAACUCACACGGGGGAUAAACCAUUUAAAUGUAUUGAAUGUGGUAAGAGCUUCAGUCAACCAUUCAGUGGCUUUGUAACUGGCUGACUGACCAAUGCCAAAGGGUGCUCAUCAAUGGCUCCUCCUCAUCCUGGAGAGUAGUGACUAGUGGGGUGCCACAGAGUUCUGUCUUGGGCCCAGUCUUAUUCAACAUCUUUAUCAAUGACUUGGAUGAUGGGCUUGAGGGCAUCAUGAGCAAGUUUGCAGAAGACACCAAAUUGGGAGGAGUGGCUAAUACCCCAGAGAACAGGAUCACACUUCAAAAUGACCUUAACAGAUUAGACAACUGGGCCAAAGCAAACAAGAUGAAUUUUAACAAGGAGAAAUGUAAAGUACUACACUUCGGCAAAAAAAAUGAAAGGCACAAAUACAGGAUGGGUGACACCUGGCUUGAGAGCAGUACAUGUGAAAAGGAUUUAGGAGUCUUGGUAGACCACAAACUUGACAUGAGUCAGCAGUGUGAUGCAGCAGCUAAGAAAGCCAAUGCAAUUCUGGGCUGCAUCAAUAGGAGUAUAGCAUCUAGAUCAGGCAUCCCCAAACUGCGGCCCUCCAGAUGUUUUAGCCUACAACUCCCAUGAUCCCUAGCUAACAGGACCAGUGGUCGGGGAAGAUGGGAAUUGUAGUCCAAAACAUCUGGAGGGCCGAAGUUUGGGGAUGCCUGAUCUAGAUCAAGGGAAGUAAUAGUACCACUGUAUUCUGCUCUGGUCAGUCCUCACCUGGAGUACUGUGUCCAGUUCUGGGCACCACAGUUCAAGAAGGAUACUGACAAGCUGGAAUGUGUCCAGAAGAGGGCAACCAAAAUGGUCAAAGGCCUGGAAACAAUGCCUUAUGAGGAACGGCUUAGGGAGCUAGGUAUGUUUAGCCUGGAGAAGAGAAGGUUAAGAGGUUAAGGGGUGAUAUGAUAGCCAUGUUCAAAUAUAUAAAAGGAUGUCAUAUAGAUAUAUAAAAGGAUGUCAUAUUCUUGGGGGCCAUGCUAUUUAGCAAUCCUCUCUUUUUCAAGAGGUAUCUGAAGACUGUUGAUCUGGAUAGCUUGGAAUCUGGCAUUCUGGACUUGUCCCGCAAUGCUGCGUAUUGCUCAAAGCAGAGAGCUGGAUCCAGAUUUACUGUUUCAGUGCAUCAUUCCCACCUACACUUCCGUGAUUUGUGAAUAUGGCUGGUUUGGGUUCCUUUGGACCAGUUGCUAAUAAUCUACUUUUGCUCUUGUUCAAAAUGGGAUUUUGCUGGUAUUGGGUUUAUUAAACUUUAAUAAAGCACAGACCCCUUUCACUUUCAUUCUCACGUAUUCCACUGUAUAGUUUUGUUGGUUCCCCCACCCCACCCCCGGUCAUUUUGUUUCUUGCAGAGCCCCCCAGUCUUUUGCGAAAGUUUAUUUGUUGUGCAAGAACUCCAAAGCAGCAUUAAUUAUGCAACCUAAAUUUGCCUGUUUUUGACUGAAUCCCACCCUAAAACAGGGAUGCUUUCGAAAUGUCCUUCAUCAGAUGAAUGAAGCAUGAAUGUAAACUUGCAGUUAUAUUUAUCUCUCUAUACACAUGCAUAUAUAUCUUAAUGGGUGGCAAGUAAAAAGAUGUCAGUCAGACAGACAAUGAAAUGCAGAAGGGCAGGUUUCUCAAGUUCUUCCAGCUCAUUUCCAUUUCUGUUGUUGUUUUGCAGCGUAUUUAGUUAAUUUAAAAUCACAAAACAACCAUAAAGAAUCUUGUGGCAGGUUACACCUUUAUUCCAGUUCCACUUGGUGUCAAGGGAGGAGUCCAAGGGAGCAUCUGGAGCCCUGCCAUUCCUUCUGUCCCUGGCCCCUGCCCCUUCCCCUCCUCUCUCCCCUUCUCUCUCGACCAUCCCAGGGCCACUCUUCACUCCCCAGCAGGAGAAGGGAUCUGUCUGUGAUGGUGAGAUGUCCUGUCUGGCUGAAGGACCACUUCCUGUUUCCUGGAGCUCCAUCCUUCUUUCUCAUGCAAGGUGGAGUCAUGAAGCAGGUGAAGGCUGAGCACACCUAAGGACGACACAGAAUGGCGUGGAUUCUGCUCAUCCUUUCCCCUUCUGAAUCAAAAUCCACAAACAAAAAGGGGCAGUUUGGGGGCACAAUCAGUUUUAUGGAGCUGCAUUUAAAGACAUUGUUUCAUGACACUUAAGUGCCCUUUCUCAAAAAACAAUUAAGCAUUAAGCGAAAUGAAACUACAUACAUAUACAUAAACAUAAAAAAUUGUUUAAAUAAUCAUCCCCCCUAAAGCAGUCUGGUGCCACAUUGCGUAGGACUUACUGUAACACACACUACAUGGGGCUGCCUUUGAAAAGCGCUCAGAAACUUCAACUGUCUGGAAGAGCUACAGACACAGCUGACCAGGGCUGGCUAUAGGCAGCAUAAAGGUAAAGAUACCCCUGAACAUUAGGUAGAGUGGUGGAUGACUCUGGGGUUGUGGCGCUCAUCUCGCUCUAUAGGCUGAGGGAGCCGGCGUUUGUCCGCAUACAUCUUCUGUGUCAUGUGGCCAGCAUGACUAUGUCCUUCUGGCAAAACCAGAGCAGCCCACAGAAACACCAUUUACCUUCCUGCUGGAGCUGGGACCAGACAUUAGGAGCUCACCCCAUCAGGGGAUUCGAACUGCCAACCUUGUGAUCGGCAAGCCCUAGACCAGGCAUCCCCAAACUUGGCCCUCCAGACUAAAAUUCCCAUCAUCCCUGACCACUGGUCCUGUUGGCUAGGGAUGAUGGGAGUUGUAGUCCCCAAACAUCUGGAGGGCUGAGUUUGGGAUGCCUGCCCUAGACUCUCUGGUUUAGACCACAGCACCACCCGCGACCCUAAAAAGGUUAUGCAUCUAUUUGUGGGGUAUGUCAUAGAAUCAAAGAAUUGUGAAGCUGGAAGGGUUAUUUAGCUCAACUUCCAUUAAUCGUAAAGG